AUGGGUCAUGGCCGAAAGAACGAGAUCACGGACAACCAGACUUUAAGAACAGAUAUUCUGCUUGUGGAGGGGUUAAAGGUCAGCCUGGAGUCCUCCAUUCCCGCCUUCAUCAUCCUCCUCCUCAUCUAUAUCUUCAUCAUGGUGUCCAAUAUUGGCCUUGUAGUCCUGAUCACCACGGAGAGGAGCCUUCACCAGCCAAUGUAUCUGCUCUUCUGCAACAUGAGCGUUAACGAUGCAUUGGGGGCCACGGUCAUCAUUCCUCACUUGCUGAGUAACAUUUUUGUUCCGAGCAGCGACCGCUUCAUUCCUUACAUCGACUGUGUCAUUCAGGCGUUUUAUGCUCACUUUUAUGCCGGUGCCACCCACACUAUACUAAUGAUCAUGGCUUUUGAUCGCUACAGCCACCUGGCUGUGUACAUCAUCAUGUUUGUGUCUGGCUUCAUCAUCAUCAUCCUCCAUCGAUUUCCAAACUUAUCCGAUUACAGGAAACUGGCAUCCAUCUUGUUCCACGUGGUCCCUCCUGCUAUGAACGCUAUUAUCUACGGACUACAAAUCAAAGUUGUCAGACAAAAAAUAUUCAUCAUGUUUAGCAGGAAAAGGACGACUGUAGCAGAGGUGAAAUGACUCAAUAGUGAAUUAAAUGUAAAUGAUUGUUAAUAAAAUAGUUGCACUUACUGAAA